UGCAUUAUCAACAGAUCCAUCAUGAAGUUUGUGACUCUAGCUCUAGCUUUUCUGCUGGCUGCAGGUUGCCAGGCACGAUCCCUGCAGGCUGACGCUCCAUCCCAGUAUGAGCACAUAAGAGCUGCGGUGGUGACCUACCUCGGCCAGGUUAAGGAAACAGCACAGAAAGCUAUUAACCAUCUUGAUGAUGCUGAGUUCAAGGAUUACAAGGCACGCCUCACUCAGGGACUGGACAACAUUGAGACCUUGCUCAAGUCUGCCUCUGAAUCCCUUGCACCAGUCCGUGAAGGGAUUGGACCUCAGAUUGUUGAGACCCUUUCUGGUGUUCGUGAGAGGGUUUCCCAUGACCUGGAGGAACUGCGCAAAGAGCUGGAGCCAAAGCGUGAGGAGCUGCGCCAGGUUAUAAAGAAGCAUCUUGAUGAGUAUCAUGCAAAGCUGGAGCCUGUACUGAAGGAGUACUCUGAGAAGAACAAGCAUCAGCUAGAUGAGUUCAAGGCCAAGUUUGAGCCUGUAAUCAAGGAGCUGCAGGAGAAGAUCAAGGUCAAUGUAGAGGAGACCAAGUCCAAGCUGACCCCCAUUGUGGAAACCAUUCGUAACAAGCUAACCAAGGGCCUUGAGGAGCUGAAGGCUACAUUUGGACCCCAUAUCCAAGAGUACAGGGAGCAGAUUGAAGGUGUCUUUACUGAUCUACGCAACAAGUAUGAAUCUGGGGAGUUGCAACAGAAGCUCAAGAAUUUGGCUGAUGAGCUCAGGCCCCAGCUGAAGGGUAUCUACGACACCAUUGAGAAGGCUUUCAAGGCAUAAACGGUCUUAUCCCCUUUUUUUACCCACAGUGCCAUCUUAAAAGUUUCUAUCGUUAUUUCCCUACAUGCUGUUAUCAUCAGUUGGGGCUGUAAGACCUGAAAUCACACAGAGUCUCUU